GAAUGGAUGACUGGUGUAUGAUGUACAAUGGCGGAAACGGAUUCUGAGUUUGUCAGGUAUUUGAACAUGAGGAGACUGCGAUUACAUCUUUGACGUCUUUGUGUGGAUAAUAACAGUCGAGUCAAAUUCUAGUCCUGAAGUUAUACUGAGUGUGUAGUUUACAUGCUCUAGACUAAGACAUUUGGAUUUAUACUAAAGAAGUUGUAGUGGCACUUGCUGGAAUUGUGUGUCCUAAACACCUGGGACUCAAGACAAGAGUGUGUUUACAACUGUGUGUCGUAUCAAGACAUCAUGUAGUAGUGAGACUGCCAUGGUGAAUGGUGCACAUGAUGUCAAGGUCGUCGUAUGAUGAGUUACUCACACAAAUAGAAGGACUCAAGUCGGAAAACUCUCACCUCUGUCGCGAACUACAGGACAACUCGAGUCACCUGACGAAGCUUGAGAAUGAGGCUUCCAACAUGAAAGAUGUCCUGUCUCACAUCCACCUGGCCAUGGCAGACGAGGAAGGGGGAGAGUUCAAGUUUGAGGAAGGGGCGUUCUUCAGUGAGGAGAAUGGGGCCGAAGCUCCCCUGGAUGCAAAUCUCACCAAUCUAGGCGAUAUUGACCAGGAUGGCCUGAGGGUGGGGCUGGAUAGCUGCUGGUCAGAGUACCCCAGCCAGACGGACGGUUGUCAUGAUGACCACGAGAGAACAAUGACCAAUGGACAGUUGACGGACAUGCAGGAAAUAUUUCCAUUACUACAGGAACUCGAUCAGGAAAGGAACUCCUUAGUGGAGCAGAUUGAGACGGAAGAGCAUCAUCGACAGAAGUAUUAUGAGCAGCUCGAGAUGUUGUCCAAGAAACUCGAGAGUCUACCGCUAUCUGACACGUACAACCUCCAGACAGACAUGGCGCGGCGACAGAUCGAGUACGAGGCGAAGCGACUGGAGGAGGUGAUGGUGGAGAAGUUUGGAACGAACGAGCAGGUCUCACAGAGACAGGAGGCGAGGAUACAGAGAAUACGCAGCAUAGAGAACGAGAUGGUGGCCAUGCAGGACAAACACAGACAUCAGCUGAUGAUGGAUAAGCUCGACCCGAGUUCAUGUGACCUCAAGGAGGUAGAGACGAGCAAUGGAGUGUUUGUGAAGAAUGCUUUCACAAACACGGCACUUUGUGGGGAGGUGUUUAUCCUGAAGAAUGGAGCAGAAAACAGCGGCUACGUCAGCGACCGUGGAAUGAUGACAACGCCGACGGCGGGACAGAUCCUGGUGAACAUCGCCACACAAACGGCGGAUGUUGUCGUGCAAGAAAACCCGGACAUCCUACAAGCAAAUCUUCCACAUGCGCAGAAUCUGUCUUCCAUUUAUCACGGUUCUUGGCCUCUAACUAAAGAUAUGUCCGGCUCGGACGAGAUCAGCCUUCAGAGUCUCCAACAGAAUGACCUGGCCAGUGUGAUGAGCUUCAACUCGGCCUACACCAGCAGCAGUCACAGCUCCGUCACGCAGAGUGGUGGCAGCGGUGGGGCCAGAAACGGAUGUCCGCAGCAGCAACAACAGCAACAGCAGAAUCUUGGAACAAAGGUUGAGAUGGUGUACUCGCUGCUGUCGAUGCUGGGGACCCAUGACAAGGACGACAUGAGCCGCACGUUGCUGGCGAUGUCGAGCAGUCAGGACAGCUGUAUUGCGAUGCGACAGUCAGGAUGUUUGCCUCUGCUCAUACAGUUGCUUCAUGGAAGUGACAAGGAUUCUGGGUUGCUAGGCAACACAAGGGGAAGUAAAUCUGCACGUGCGCGGGCUGCGGCUGCUCUACACAACAUUGUUCACUCUCAUCCGGACGACAAACGAGGCCGUCGGGAAGCAAGAGUUCUGCGACUCCUCGAACAGAUUCGAGCCCACUGUGACCAGCUCAGAGGGGACUCUCCUGAAGAGGAGGAAGAAAUGAAGAAAGCAGGAAGUGCAGCAUCUCGAAGCUCCGACAUGGAUCACCAUCCUGGUCCAGCGAUCGCGGCACUGAUGAAACUGUCGUUUGAUGAAGAACAUCGGCAUGCUAUCUGUACUCUUGGAGGUCUACAGGCAAUAGCUGAACUGAUGCAGGUGGACAAUGAAUCCCACGGCAACACGACGGAGCAGUACAACGUGACGAUGCGCCGGUAUGCGUGCAUGGCUCUGACGAACCUGACAUUCGGAGACGGCACCAACAAGGCCUUGCUGUGUUCUAUGAAGGGGGCUCUCGAGGGGCUGGUCGCACAACUCAGGUCUACUAAUGAAGAUCUCUGUCAGGUUGCUGCCAGUGUGUUGCGGAACCUAUCAUGGCGAGCUGACCUAGCCAGUAAGAAAACUCUGCGUGAGGUGGGCGCUGUGAUGACGCUGAUGGAAUCGGCAAUGUGUGUCAAGAAGGAAUCCACCUUGAAGAGCAUCCUCAGUGCAUUGUGGAACCUCUCGGCUCACUGUACUGAAAACAAAGCCGAUAUCUGCGCCGUGGAGAACUCGCUCGCCUUCUUGGUCAGCACCCUCACCUACAAGAGUCCGUCGAAGACUAUGGCCAUCAUUGAAAACGGUGGCGGCGUUCUCAGAAACGUGUCGAGUCACGUCGCCGUUCAGGAAAAUUAUAGGAAAAUCCUACGGCAGCAUGGAUGUCUUCAGCUGUUGUUGAAACACCUCCGAUCAACGAGUCUGACGAUCGUCAGCAACGCCUGCGGGACGCUGUGGAAUCUGUCCGCGCGGUGUACGGAAGAUCAGCAGGCAUUGUGGGAUAUGGGAGCCGUGAGCAUGUUGAGGAAUCUCGUGCAUUCAAAGCACAAGAUGAUUUCGAUGGGAAGUGCUGCGGCAUUGAAGAACCUGUUGUCCGCCAGACCCUCGAUGAUCAUGGAUCUUGAUCGCCAGAGCGCGACCAACAGACCGGGACUUCAUGCCCGAAAGGUCCGCGCCUUGGAACAGGAGCUGGAUCAGAAUUUGGCCGAGACGUGUGAUAACGUGGAAAGUCCGAGAAACAGUCCGACAGAAGUUGUUGUGAAAAAGGAGUCUGUCGAUGUUCGUCGGUUUGUGUUUAAUGGCGGUGGGAUCUUCCAUGGUGACAGCGGUGGGAUUUUCCAGAGUACAGAUGGCGAACCAAGACGGCCAAUGGUGCGCGGGCAUAUUUAUCCAGGUGCCAGGUCGUCCAGUGAUCACGGUGUGCCGACGGAAAAAAUCUGUUCUCCACAGCGUGGUGUGAGAUCGGGAAGCGACGAACGACCUCCGAUGGACAGUAAGUUACGCUCGCCUCACCGAGUGGCGCGAUCGGGAAGCCAGGACAGCGUCGGUAGCACGCAUUCGGACAUUUCUCACGACAGAACGCGGGUGCAUAACAUGUUGGCGAAAAGUUCCCGACUUCUUAACGGCCGACAGGGUGGAAGUCUGGACCGAAACAAAGACAGUCUCCUUCAUCGGUUCGAUCCUGACACCAUUUCGGCCGUCGAUCGGGCUCGGAUGGGCAUGAUGCCAAACAGUAGGAUUAUUCAGGUGAUGCAGGAAGUUGCCAUGCAUGCUGGGAUUGAUACCAGCCCCCAGAGCAAAGACGGGCAGCAGGUAGCGAGGAACGUUCGCGAGUUGGCUUAUCAGUCGGCUCAGUUGCAGGGAUCGUUUAGUAAUUCGCAGCGUAGUCUCAUAGAAAGGUUCCAGCAACAGAAAAAUAUGCAUUUUGUGCCAAAUUCUGACGGGCAGUCUGCGAGAGAGAAGAACGUUAAUUUAGGUAUGAACAUGAACGAAAGUGAUGAACCCAUCAACUAUAGCUUAAAAUGUCCCGAAAGCUGCAUGACCCACAGUGAAAACGACGCAUCCCACAAUCCCGCUGGUAUGUCCCAUAAUACACCGAGAAUGAUAGGGCAUCUCAACAACAACAACAACAGCAGGCCUCAAGUCAAAGUCGGGAAUUUCGUCGGGCCGAACUUCGUCCAUCAGAGAAUGCCGGGGAUGGUUCACAACCGAUUCGUGGCGCCCCCUGGUGGACCAAACCAUGCGGAUUCGAUGCUCCGCAGCCAGCCGAACGUAUUCCGGGGUCGUCGGGCAACGGAGUGUCAUCAGCAGCAGCUGGGUCACUACGCGGAGACAGAUCUCGACAGUAUGGAUGAACAGCCGACCAACUUCAGUCUGCGUUACGCCGAGCACAACGAGGACGGCUACCAGGACCAGCCAAUCAACUACAGCAUGAGAUAUGAAGACAGCGACCCCCAUUGUGCCGACUGUAAACUAGAGGAAGCUCGUAGAACCAAUGAACGACUCGACGAGUACAUGCCGAGUUUCCUUGAUGACCAAGUGAAGACUUUCUACACGGAGGGAACCCCAUACCUGUCGACAGCCACCUCUUUAACCGACCUGACGGGAAAAGUAAACCUGAAGGACGAGGAGACUCAGAAAGAAACAGAUAACUCAGACGAGCUGCAGAACUUCGCUUCUAAGUACUCCGAAUCUGAGAAAGAUGACGAGAGUGACAUUAGCGGUCAAAGGGAAGCAACUGCGAAGAAGAAUUUCAGUUUAGUCGAUAGCCGAGAUGAAUCUGGUGACGAGAACAGACCGUCGUUUCAUUCGCACGAUAACGGUGUCUCUCUGGACCAGACGAAGACGUACUGCCAGGAAGGCACUCCCAUCUGUUUCUCAAGAGUUAGCUCCCUUUCCAGUCUGCACAGCAGCGAGGCACGCGACUGUCAUUCGGACUCAAGGCAGAUGGGAUUGACGCAGAUCCAGGAGUUGGAUAAAAUGGAUGCGAUGACGGGUUCCGUCAUAGAGAAUAUCGGGUCAGACAGACAGAAAGAAUCUCCGUCAAAGUCGAUCCAGAGCCCGGGAGCAGCUGGCUCUGAUAUCAUGGAGAAGGAACACAAAACCGUGACGUUUGAUGAGAAUAAUCUCAUCGAAGAAACACCGCUGAUGUUUUCACGCUGUAGUUCUCUUGGCUCACUGAGCAGCUUUGAUGCUCAGUCCGUGCAUAGUUCGGUGGUUAGCGAGUACAGUCGACGAGCCAGUGAAGUUGUUUCUCCCAGUGAACUCCCGGAUUCUCCGAGUGAAACGAUGCCUCCAAGUCCGAAAUCCGAGCGGAAGAAGAAGAACGAAGAGAAGGCCAUCACUGAGGAUGAAUCCAUCGAAGGUACCGAAGAGUCUGGUUCCAGACCGACUGUGUUUUCUGGAGAGAAGUCAUCCGAGACGUGUCUCAGGAAACCUGUGCCCAAUCUCCUCUCGCAUGUCUCGUGUAAUGGUCUGAUGGAAGCACCAAAAGUUUAUGCAGAAGAGGGGACUCCUCCAACGUUUUCUGAAACUGCGAGCUUACUCAGCGCAAUCACAAUGGAUGAUGAUGAGAACGGGAACAAAACGAAAUUGUCUGACAUAACGUCAGGUUCAGAGAAUAAAUCUACCAAUAAAUCUACCGUCUUGCAAGACGAUAAAGACUCAUCCAUGUCGGAGGUUUCUGAAGGCGAAGAAGAUAUUCUGGCUCAGUGUAUUAGUUCUGCAAUGCCGGCACCAAACAACUCUAGUCGCAAGAUGAGAAAGAGUUCGUCGGAUCAGGCAAUCAAGAAGAAGUCAUCAGGUCUGUCAAAGAUUGAUAAUCUCGGCACGUCCAAAUCAAAACUGCCAACCAAAGUGAUGAAUAAGAACGUUGAUGCUUCCAACACCUCUCCACCUACAGCUGUUUUGAAGAGCAAGUCGUCAUCAGUGGUCAAGUCGAGUGGUAAGAGUCCCAAGUCCCCAUCUGAAGGUGGGCGCGUAAGUGGCGGUGUGUCAUCAAAAAGUGGAUCAUCAUCUCCGGGCGUAUCCAGAAUUGCCGUCGCGAAACGAAAUCAGAGUCCCAAGAUGGUAGCCCAACCUCAGAGUGUUACAAAAAUUGGUGCCAAAUCGCCAUCAAAAGUGCCUCUAAGAAAAUUUGGAUCGCCUGUUGCUAAAGUGAACGAGAGAGGGAAGAGGAUUCCACAGAAUUCACCACCUGCUCCUGGUCCUGGUCGUUAUGUUCCUCCUGAUGACUGUGAUGCAGACACGGUUAAAACGUACGCAGAAGAAGGCACGCCAUUGAAUUUUUCAAACGCGACUUCGUUAAGUGAUCUGAGUGUUCUGGAGGUGAAUGAAUCGCAGGUUGUGACAGAGAAACCGAAUCGACCCAAUCUCAGUAUCGGAAGUUCGCAGAUUGACGACUCAAAAUCCGACAACAGCUCUCUGUGUGAGGACAACGAUGAAAUCUUGUCGCAGCUCAUACAGGCCGCAAUGCCAAAAAGCAAAGUGGUUCGUCGGCUGGAUAUGGAUCGCCAGGCACAGGAGGCAGAGGCCAGAAGAAUAAAGGCAGGCAAAUCCAGCAGCAGUGGUGUAGUCUCGGGAACAGGACGUGGUCAUGUUCCGAUUAUGAGAAACGAAAACCCACCAGAUGUCAUUGAGUCAGCUGUGAGAAAGCAGGCACAGCAUCAGCCGUUUGCGUUCCAGCCCCAGAGAACGUCUAGUCAAGUUGUGGAUGUUGUGAGUGAUCUGUCGGCUGGCGGUAGUGAUGACGCUGUGAAAACGUACAACGAGGAAGGCACACCAUUGAAUUUCUCAAAUGCCACUUCAUUGAGUGACCUGACGAUAGACUCAACGGACGGCACAAACCAUCAGAGAUCCGAUCUUAACAGCGUUGUGAGAUCCUCGGCAGACAACUCUUCCAUGAGCCAUGUUGCUGCUUACGGAACCGGUGGAGACAAUUCUGUAUUCCAGGAGGCAUGUGACUCACCGAAAAUCUAUGCCUACGAAGGAACGCCGCUGAACUUCUCCCGCAGUGGGUCUCUGAGCUCGUUGAGUGUGAUAAGUGGUGUCAGCGAAGAUGUCUCCUCAAAGGGGAAAAGUAACCUAGUGGUAAAGUCGUCGCAUGCAAAAUCUUCAGAUGAGAAAGAUGGGAGUGAUAGCUCGGUCCCAAAGAGUUUGGAACGGCAGGUCAUCGGUCAGUCCAGUGAGGAGAGCAGCAUUGUAAUGGAUGACAUGGGUCAGCGGUCAGACAUUGUUAUGGGAGCUAAGCAAGGUCCAUCUGCAGCUUCUGCUCAUAACAAAACUGCUGGGCAUGACAGAAUGAAUGGUAAACAAGGUGCGUCUGCAGGUUCUGCUUAUAACCCAAGUGAUGGCCAUAAGGACGGAACGGAAGCUGGACCCAAGGAUGAAGAAAUGUUCUACCAUCUCGAGGGCACUCCUGCAGCCUUUUCAAUGAGCAGUUCGUUGAGCGAAUUGAGCAUCGAAUCGACCGCUUUCGACCCAACACCUGAUGAACAGGCUCUUCUUGAGGAAUGCAUCAGCUCGGCCAUGCCCAAAAGCAGGUCCAGAUAUUCCCACAAGACUAAAUAUGAUUCACACCCGAGGAACAGUGGCAGAAGAGACCGACAGAAGCAGAUGUCAAAGAGUAGCUCCCUGGAAGUGAAGGAUGAGAAGGGAGUUGGAAGCAAGUUCAAUAAGAUGUCCCACAGUUGCUCUGAUGCUGGUGAGGUAGAACACAUUGAUGUGAUUCUGACGCGCGAGUCAAGAUACAGCAGCUGGAAGAAGACUCAGGCACAGAAAUCGUUAGAGGAAGGAUCUUCUGAAUCGGAGCAACAGUUUACAUGCCGGCGGUCAUACUCACAUGAUAGCAGUCUCUCCAAGGAGCGGAAAGAUUCAGCCAAUAAGGAGAUCGCUUCUAUGGGGAAUCAGAAAAGCUUGCCCCAAGAUAAAACAGGAUUUGAAGACCCAGAAGACUAUAACACAAUUGAAGAAGUUCAACGUGGUCAGAAAUUUGCAACUGUCGGUGGUUUGGAUAUUGCUGAUUCUUACAGCAGUGAGAAGUUUGAUAGCGAGAAAUCCGAGACUGAUGACAGCUACUUUAACAUUGCACUGACAGGUAGCGGGCUGAUAUCUGGGUCUGUGAGUCUGACAGACCAGAGUGUCGAAGAUCUGAUGAAAGUCUCGUUGCCAAAAGAUCUUGUUGUCGACACCGACGAUGAUGCUCUGGAAAUGGAUCCACAUUUUCACAAUGAAGCCGAUGAUACUCUUGCAAGUGAGACUGCUGGUAGUGGAGAAUCAACAGACGUGAAUACCACAGUGAUAUACAACAAUGUCCAUGAGAACGGUGAUGUCGGAUCGAAGGACUGCUCGUUCGAGGAUGAUGAGAUUUCCCCAGAGGAUGAGCUACUGCUUGAGGAGAAUGCAAGUCUGGUAGUCUCGGAACUCGUCACCAACAGAGCAAUGCACGGCAGCACCUGUGAGGAUGACUUCAUUGAAAACGAGACUCUGUCCUUGAUUUCCAAUGACUACAUGUCGGAUACUGCAUCGGAGAUUUCCGUCACUUGGUCCGUGAAUUCUGAAAAGGUCAGCGAGUAUUCUGGCUCAACGCUCUCCCAGACAGACAGUUCUGUUCCAUCUCAGAAGGGUCCUAAGAUAGUUAAACCGGGCCAGAGUCAGCCAGUUAAAGUUCAGCUCACUGAUGACGAGAAGGCUAUCCGUGGACGCAAGAAGCCUCUGUACAGCAAACCGGUCAAACCUCCCAUUACCAAGACAACCCCACCUCGCAGUGUGAAACCUCCAUCCGGUGUCGCUGGUCGUUCCCCUUCAGGGAGGAUACCACCAGGUGGUGCUAAGAAAAUAUCUCCCAAGUCAAAUCUGGGUCAGAGGUCACAGAGCCAAGGUCCUCCAGCCAGCAGCACACCGAACAAACCACCAAUCAAACCAAAGAUCAGCAAACCUGUUGCUGGGCAACAGCGAAGCAUUUCCACUUCUGGUAUAACUAGAUCUCCGCUUAAUAAAACCACCAACCCGUCCCGGCUUCCGACCUCGUCUAGGGAGACGAGCCAAAACAGAGGUAAAGUUAAUCAACCCGAUCGACCCAAGCCGCUAAUUAAACAGGGAACUUUUACAAAGACAUCAACAACAGCAGGCAGUGCUCCCACGAUAGAGGCAGACGUCAGUGGAAGACCUAAUGCUGAUAGUGUCAGGCUGAGAGACAAACGGGCAAACAGUGGUAACCGCAAUUCUGGUGGUUCGUCUGUUAAUAGUCAAAGAGGAUCUGGAGGAAGUGCUCCAGAAGCUUGGAGCAAGGCCCUCGACGGGUUCAACUUCAUCGUCGAAAAGGAUGUCGGUUCUAGUCCGCCGUACAAACAGAUUCAGAUGCAGCGCAAUGCCAAAGAUGCUACACCAGCUGUUAAAAGGACUGUUGGUGCGGUUGGGAAUGGUGGGAAGAAACCUUCGAAUAUUGCUCGUCCAACACCAUCGCCUGGAGGAGUUGGUGCAAGGAACAACCUGCAGAAAACUGGGAGUGCGUCAAAUCUGAAGAAAAUGGGAGGCGGUUCUUCACUGACAAAAACGUUGAGCGGUACUUCGUUGACGAAAACUGCCAGCGGUUCAAGCCUGGCCAAGACAGGUAGUGGGUCCAGUUUGGUGAAGACCAGUAGUGGUACGGUUCUGGGAAAGGUCGGGUCAAAUUCCAACCUGAAGAAAUUCGGCAGCAGAGAGUUCAAAAAGUCUGAGAGUAAUGCCAGCAUAAAGAGUGAUUCUCGACCCACCACCCCUAGUGGUCGAAGGGCGUCGAGUUCAUCAGUGACGGGGAAGAAGACUGAAAGUACAGCGAUGAAAGGAUCACAGCUUCCAAAUGGUGAGAAGAAGACUCCACCAGGUGUUGUGGGAAAGAAGCAGGUUUCUAGCAAAAUUGCUGGCUUGUGGAAAAAGGACGACAGUGAUGGAUUUCCUAGUGGUUCCAAACUUCCAGUUUCGUCAGCAAAAGGAGGCAAAUCGAGCAGUCUUCCGCCAUCAAUUGGAAGGGGAACGACCCCACGAGUUGCAUGCACAAAACCUGGAAAUGCUGGACAUUCAGAAACAGUUGUGAGCGGUAUUAAAAAGAGCUCAACGUAUGACAAAUUAAGCACGAAAAACAAUGCAACUUCUGUGCCUUUGAAAUCGAAGGAUGAGGAUGUCAGAAUCGUCGAUGGAAUGGAGUCCGAUCAUUAUGUGCUGGAGUCUGAGAACGAUUUUGAUAUCUCUGCAGCUGGAGACUCUAGUAGAGCAGAUCUGUCUGUCUUUGGCAAUGACACAAUGAAAUCCGAGAUUAGUCGCACGAGAGAGUCGAGCAUCUGUUCUGUCGACUCUCUGGAUGGGGAGCUGGAGCUGGACAGCGGAACUUACAAGAAGAAGAAAACUGACAACAGUCUGAAUCUCCCAAACGCCGACGAGACAUGUCGCUCUAUGCCAGGUUCCGUAUCUAACAUCAGUGGCGAUACGAGCCUGAAGCUGAAGCCAGGGAAGUGGCGCCGCUAUAAAGAUGAUUCGGCACAGAAAGGCGACAUUGACCCCGAUGUCUGGAUCAAGCAGGACCAGAAGUCAUCAUCCAAAGAAAACAAAUCAAAGUGGAAAGGUUCAAAAAAGGAAUCAAAAUCUGUCGCCCACAGCAUCACGCAGUUCUUCGGCAAAAAGUUCGGGUCGCAGAGGAACUCAAACAAGGAUGGGAAGAAGAAGAAGGAGGAGGUGAAGGUCCAUGGUGACAUGUUGAAACCACCGCCGCCAUCGUCGUCAACGACUACGACGAUCACGAAAACAGCUGGCCUUCGUAGUGAAUGUAGAACAAGUCCCUCAGCCAUCGUGCCUCCGUUCAAUUACAGUCCUCCGGUACAGCCGACGUCAGUGUCUCAAAAUGCAGAUGUGAAGCUAGAGAACAAGAAAAACGAUUUAGACACGUCAUUGAAGUCUGGACUUCCUACAACACAUAUGACAAAAACUGAAAUGCUGUUGGCACGCAGGCGUCGGUCAUAUCUGAACAGUAGUAACCAGCUUGAUGAAAGUUCGGCCUCCGCGGCUGAGGAUGAAAGCAAGAGAGGCUGUUUGGUUACGACAGUGUGAUUUUGAUUCGCUGGUUGUUAAUUUAAUUUUCAUUGGCUGCUGUUAAAGAGACUGGCAGUCGUGACUUCAGGUUUCAUUGGCUGCUGUUAACGUUUAAUAUAUGCCAAUCAGUGCUGGUGUUUAAAACAUUUUAAAUUGGUUGGCUGGUGUGAAGACAGUUUAACAUGAUUGGCUGGUUUAAAUCAAGACAGUCUAAAUUGGUGUUAAUUAAGAUGGUUUCAUUGGCUGCUGUUAACGUUUUUCUAUAUGCCAAUCAGUGCUGGUGUUAAAACAGUUUAAUUUGAUUGGCUGGUGUGAAGACGGUUUAACGUGAUUGGCUGAUUUAAAUGAAGACAAGUCUAAAUUAGUGUUAAUGAAGAUGGUUUAAUUUCAUUGGCUGGGGUGAAGACGAUUUCAUUUUGAUUGGUUGGUGUUAGGAACGUUUAAUUUGAUUGGCUGGUGUGAAGACAAGCUGAUUGGCGGGUCAAAAUCAAGACAGUUUUAUUUUAUUGACUGGUAUUGAUUAUAGCAAUUUAAUGUGAUUGGCUGAUAUUAAUAACAGUUAAUUUAAUUGGCUGCUUUUGAAUGACAAAUAUUGCAAAUGAUUUUCAUUGAUGGUGCAUUUUCAAAUUCAUUUUUAAUUUUCAAAUUUUUACCAAAAUUUGAAUAAUUACUAUAAUAUAAUUAUGGAUAUUAUUACAAAUAUUAUAUUAUAAAUAUUUUAUGUUAAGAGAUUAUAUGUAUGUGUUGAACUAUUGCCAAAUGUGUUUUCAGUUGAUAUAGAAUUGUGCUAACAGUUUUUAUUGCUGUAAAAUACUGUUCCUCACUAAACAGACCAUUACAGAGACAGGCCUGAUUUUACUGUCAUUAUUAAGACGUUUCCAACUAACGAGACAUUUUUAAAUGACAAAACGUACAUAUUAAAGUCACAUACCCUAGUUUCAGUCUGUAAAAAUUAAUACUAAGUUUAGUUAAUCUACAAACAUUUAACACAGUUGGAUAAAAUUACAACAGAGUGAAACAAGAGUUUGUGACAUUGACACGGGGGAAAUAUUUAUCUUUAAAACAUAGACGAGAACUCUUGUCUUGUUAACCAUUACUUCUCAGAGUUAUGUGUGUUGUUUGAAAAUAUUGAAAUGCAUUUUGUGAUAUUUAAAAAAACCAGGAUGACUAGAAACACUUGCAUGUACAGAAAUGGAUAAUCUAAAGAAUAAAAUCUUCAAUAAUGUUUGAUUUCAGUGAUUUAAAAAAACUGGCUCUUAUGGUGAAAAGUAUGCCUUAGUGUUUAAAAAAUAGGAUCUGUCACUUUUAAACACAUAUUCUUUUCACGGGGUGGCCAAAUGGUAGUGUACUCGCUUGAUGAGCGAUCGGUCUGUGAUCGAUCCCAUGAAAAGAAUAUGUAUUUAAAAUGACGGACCCUAGUUUUAAAACACUACGGCAUAUUUUUCACCAUAAUUAAGAGCCGUUUUUCAUCACUGUAAUCAUUGGGCUAUUUCUCGUUCCAGUCAGUGCACCACAAAAGGUAUAUCGUUGAUUAAACCGAACGCAUAUCGGACAACACUGGUUAGUUACCAGGCACAUUACUGCAAUUUUCUACUAAAUAAAUAGUCUCAAAAUUGCAUAAUGUCGCUAAUAUGUCACUUACUUGGAUUUCGCAAAAUGUUAUAUAUAUAUAUAUAUAUAUAUAUGUAACUAAUAUGUAUGUUUUGUUUUUAAAAAGCUCUCUUUAGUUGGAAACAUGUUAAAAUGGCUUCAAAUUCAAGAUUGUAGCUCUUUAGAAAAUAUUGGUACCAGUAGCUGUUUUCCAACCAAAUCUGUUUUACACAUCUUUCACGCAUAAUUAUAAUUGUCUCUCGUUUUAUUAUGCCUUUUUUUUUUUUUUUUUUUUUUUUUUUGAAUUGUUAUAUGUGUGUGUGACAGUUCUGAUACUUGAUUAACAAUGACUAUUUAACGUCUUAGAUUCUCCAGGCCUGUAAGUCAUGGAAUUUGUACUCGGGUCAUUGGAAAGUCAUGGAAAUAUAAAACUGAAUGAUAA